AUGCCAUCGGCGAAUAGAAACUACCAGCUGAUCGCCGCUGAGAAAAAAGCACAGCAAUGGGAAAAGAUCCCGGAUCAAUGGCGAAUCCCAAUGGAAAACUUCGAGGGCAUGACUUACCUCAUGGACGUGCCACUGCACUGUGGCGUGCUGAGCGAUACAGAAAUCGAAAUCACUUCCGACUACGACGCGACUGCUCUUCUCGAAAAGCUCAAGGCUAGAGUCUGGUCAGUCGAGCAAGUGACUGUAGCUUUUUGCAAAAGAGCCGCUCUUGCUCAGCAAUUGACGAAUUGCUUGACGGAGAUCUUCUUUGACGAAGCCAUCGAGCGGGCGAAAGAUCUUGACCGGCAGUUCAUUUCGAACCUCGAUUCCAAGGCCCUGCCUCCACUAUUUGGAUUGCCAAUCUCUCUCAAGGACAGUUUUGACGUUGCUGGAUAUGACACCUCCACUGGCCUCGGUUGCUACGUUGAUCAGCCGGCAGAGAGCAAUAGCGCACUUGCUGCACUGCUGAUUGAUUUAGGAGCUGUCUUGUACUGCAAGACAAACCUACCCCAGGCGAUAAUGACUGGAGAUAGUCACAACAAUGUCUUUGGAAGGACACUCAAUCCUCGCAAUACUCUUCUCACGGCUGGUGGAAGCACGGGAGGUGAGGGCGCUCUCAUUGCCCUCCGCGGGAGCAUUCUUGGCGUUGGGACGGAUAUUGCUGGCAGUAUUCGCAUUCCUUCGCUAUGCAACGGUAUCUAUGGGUUCAGACCGAGUGUAGGGUUGAUUCCUCACGGCGGAGUCAGGGAUCUCACUCCGCCAGGGACUGACGGAGUCCGUUCCACAGCCGGACCCAUGGCGACCUCAGCUCGAGAUUGCUCUCUGUUCCUCAAAGCGAUACUCCAGGCAGACACCUGGAAAUAUGACAGCACCGCAAUAUCGCUUCCGUGGCAAGGUCUCCCAAGUAUGCGCAAGCUUCGAAUUGGCGUCGUACAGAAUGACGGCAUCUACACUCCGACGCCGCCAGUACGACGGGGGUUGCAAAAGGCGGUCAAUCUUCUCAACAGCACUGAUGGAGUUGAGACCAUUUCAAUCGACCUACCUAGCGUUCUGGAAAUCUACCGGGAUCUUGUCGCUUAUAUGAUGCUACUGGGAAAUAAUUACUACCAAGAACAGUUCGCGCGAACAGGCGAACCAGUCAUCCCGUCCCUUAAGGCGACUGGCCUUUUGUCGGUACCAGGCACUACGCUAGAGGGGUUCUUCAAUCUCAACGACCGUCGAUCCAAGGCUGCCAAAGCAUAUCUGAAGUUAUUUUGUGAUAACCAGAUAGAUGCAAUCAUUAUGCCCCCCUCGCAGCACACAGCACUCCCUCUCGAUUGCUGGAAAACGGCGACAUAUACCAGUUUAUGGAAUUACCUCGACUUUCCAGCUGUGGUGAUCCCAGUAGAUGAGGUGGCAGAUAUAGACCAUGCUGAUGACUUGACCCGCGCCGAAUUUGGCGCUGAGGACAAGGAGAUGUACAGUCUGUAUACCGGACCCGAUCAGUACAAGCGCGCGCCGGUUGCUGUUCAGGUCGUGGGAUACAGGCACAGAGACGAGGCCCUUAUGAGGGUGGUGGAGGUACUGGAUUUAAUCAAUCAUAAGCAAAGCUUAGUGAAAGGGUAG